GGGAGAGAUAUCAGAGAAUAGGUAGAAAAAUUGUGUAAUCGCAUGAGUGUCACCAUGCCCAUUUUCUUGGGUGAUCUCAUUCAAAGCAAUCAGAAGGAAUUCGUUACAACAUGCAACCCAGCUUUUAUGAGAUCAUGGGAGGAGCCUCCUGUGUGCAGAGCCUAAAACAAGCUCAUGAGGAAACAGAAGGAAAAUAGGCCAUGACAUCAUUGCUUCUAAAAUCAGCUGUCUUGCUUUUGAUAAAGCCCCAAUUUUUUUUUGUUCUCUGACUAUGACUUUCCUGCUGUGAGCAUUCAGACAGCUCUGGCUCUGUGUUACUGUGGUGAAUGUUUAGUUGCUCAGGGAAUGAUGACACAUGAAAAUGGGGAAACUGUCUGGCUUUCGCUUUGCACAGUGCAGAACGACAGGCAUUUCAAAAAACAGCCAGACCUUUUGUCCUGUACAAGAAGUCACGUGUCCUUAGGUCAGAGCCAUAGCUGUGCAUACUCAGCUGUAAGCACAGAAUAGAGCAACUGGAGAAAUAGCAGGAUUUAAUUUGUAAAACAGUUGAGCUGCGUAAUUAUGUGGCGAAGAGUAAGUAACUGAAGUGUGAAGUAAGUCUGCCUGUCAGUUUCUAACCAGUGUUAUUUGGGCUUCUAGACUCUCCCUGCAAGGUAGCCGAGACUCAGCUUGGUGUUUUUGUCAGGCUGCCCCAAGCGAGCAGCAGGUGUUGUUGGUUGGCCCUUAGGGCCGUAUCUGCCAAGCUCUGGUAUUAAUUCUGUGGUAUGAGGCAGCGUGUGCCCCUCUGUACAAAGACUGCACCUAUUUAUCAUUUGACAUCUCCCUUCCCCACAUAAGGUAGCAAGAGUUUUCAGCUGCAGUAAGGCUGAGCGUCACAGAAUAUCCACAUCCUGGUCCCUGUUCUCGGGAGGAGUGUGUUUCUAAGCAGUCACUAGGAAAUGAGAUUUUUGAAGUUCCUUCCUGAGUCUGACUGCUAGACAUGUUUCAUUUGGAAGAUCACAAAGGAGGAUCUUUUAGAACGGAAACUGCUAUUUAAAGACAUGUGCUUAGAAAGGAAAAUGAGUUUGGACAGUGGUACUCAUCCAUUGUUCUGUGAACCGUUAAACACCUCUGUGUCUCUGGAAUCAAAUCCCAGUCACCUGGUUCCGGUGAACGUGAAAUGACUGAGUCUAGCUGAGGAGGUCCAAACACUUUUCAUAUCUAAAACCUUAUAAUCUUUUGUUAGCUUAGAAGAGCAAAACUUCUAAAGUUCUUGAGAGAUGGCUUUAGAGACAUGUGGAAGCUGUUUGAGUUGUCUGCUGAUACCUCUUGCUCUUUGGAGUAUUGUUGUUAAUGUCCUAUUAUACUUCCCUAAUGGAAAAGCUUCACAUGCUGCCAGUUACCAGCUUCCCAACUACGUGUGGUAUUUUGAAGGCAUCUGUUUCUCAGGUGUGAUGAUCCUUCUGUUGGCAGUAAUUCUAAUAAUACUGGAGUGUAACGUGUUCUAUCGGUGCUGCCAGAGUGAGAGCUGUAACAAAACCUACAGGAGUUUUAUUUCGAUUGUGCUAGCCCUUCUUGGAGUUGCUUUCUCUGGAUACAGUUGCAUCAUUUUUACCUUGGGGUUGAUCCAGGGCCCCUUCUGCAAUUCAUCACAUGGAUGGGAUUAUAUCUUCAAAGACACUGCUGGAGGGUACCUCACAGAUUACCUUGCUUGGUCUCAGUGCACUGAACCUGCUAACAUAGUGGAGUGGAACACCAUUUUACUCUCUAUUCUGAUAGCUCUUAGUGGACUGCAGCUGGUCAUCUGUUCUCUCAAAGUGGUUGCUGAGUUGAAACGGACACUCUGCGGGAACUAUUCUGUUUUUGUCCAGGCCAGGAUUCUCUGAAAAUGACAAGGAAAUCUUCGCUGCUUCUCCCCCACACCCAGAGAAAGAGAGAAAUGGCUUCUCCAGCAUUUAUGGUGGUAGUUUUGGGUGCUGCAAAAACAAAUUAAGCCCUUGUCUUAAAUCUAUGUCUCUCAAGCCUCUCUGUUUUGGAUGAAGUUCCUGAACUGUGACAUCUACAUUUUUCUACUUGUUUUCUAACCUGUUCAGUUGUCCCUGGCAGUGACGCCCUCCCA